UCUGCGGCGGGCGAGCGGCGGAGGAUGCUGAGCCUCCCGGGAGCCGCCGCCGCAACAGGGGUGGUGAGGCCAGAGGCGCGCCCCUCGCAGCCAUGGCCAGGCUGGCCGACUACUUCAUCGUGGUGGGCUAUGACCACGAGAAGACAGCAGGCCCAGCAGAAGGUUUGGGAAAAAUAAUACAGAGGUUUCCUCAGAAGGACUGGGAAGAUACUCCUUUCCCACAGGGAAUAGAGUUGUUUUGCCAACCUGGAGGAUGGCAGCUUUCAAAAGAGAGAAAACAGCCAACGUUCUUUGUGGUGGUUUUGACUGAUAUAGACUCGGAGAGACACUACUGCUCCUGCUUAACUUUCUAUGAAGCAGAGAUUAAUCUACAGGGAACGAAAGAAACUGAAGGAGAAGAGGAGUCUGGUUUAAUUGCGCCUGCUGAAGUCUUUGCUCCUAAGAGUCUGGUGCUUGUGUCCAGACUAGAUUAUCCAGAAAUUUUCAGGGCUUGCCUUGGACUGAUCUAUACUGUGUAUGUGGACAGCCUGAAUGUGUCCCUGGAGGCUCUCAUUGCAAAUCUCUGCUCAUGCCUUGUCCCUGCUUCUGGAGGGUCUCAGAAAUUGUUUUCUUUGGGAGCUGGAGACCGACAACUGAUACAGACUCCUCUACAUGAUAGCCUUCCUGUUACAGGCACCAGUGUGGCUCUUCUCUUUCAGCAGCUGGGAAUCCAAAAUGUACUCAGCUUGUUCUGUGCCGUGCUUACAGAAAAUAAAGUUCUCUUUCACUCAGCAAGUUUUCAGAGGCUCAGUGAUGCCUGCAGGGCUCUGGAGUCUUUGAUGUUUCCUCUCAAAUAUAGUUAUCCAUAUAUUCCAAUUCUUCCUGCGCAGCUAUUGGAAGUUCUCAGUUCACCAACGCCUUUCAUAAUUGGUGUGCAUUCUGUCUUUCGUAAUGACAUUCAUGAGCUCUUAGAUGUAAUCAUUGCAGAUCUGGAUGGAGGCACUAUUAAAAUUCCUGAAUGUAUUCAUCUUUCUCAGCUUCCAGAACCACUGCUACAUCAGACUCAAAUGGCGCUUUCUCUAGUUUUGCAUCCUGAUUUGGAAACAGCAGAUUAUGCCUUCCCUCCUCCACGAACAGCUUUAUCGCACACGAAAAUGCUGGAUAAAGAAGUGCGAGCAAUCUUCCUUAGGCUAUUUGCACAACUUUUCCAAGGAUACCGAUCAUGCCUUCAGCUGAUCAGAAUUCACGCUGAGCCAGUCAUUCAUUUCCACAAGGCAGCCUUUUUGGGCCAACGAGGCUUGAUUGAGAAUGACUUUCUAACCAAAGUUCUCAAUGGAAUGGCGUUUGCUGGUUUUGUGUCAGAGAGAGGUCCUCCCUUUAGAGCCUGUGAUCUGUUUGAUGAGUUGGUAGCCUUUGAAGUUGAAAGAAUUAAGGCUGAUGAAGGUAAUCCACCAAAAAUGAUAAAGCAUGUUAGAGAACUUGCAGAACAGCUCUUCAAAAAUGAGAAUCCCAAUCCCCACAUAGCAUUCCAGAAAGUGCCACGGCCCACCGAAGGCUCCCACUUGCGGGUUCACAUCCUCCCAUUCCCCCGGAUCAAUGAAUGCCGGGUACAGGAGCUGCUUCAGGAAGGCCUUGCAAGGAGUCAGGGUGCUCCCACUGCCACAAGGGGGGACAAGAAGUGUGUUGUUCCGGCAGGUCCUCCUGUUGUUUCCAUAAUGGAAAAAGGAAGCACGGUUUUCAAUAGUGCACAAAGGUUGGAAGUUGUUAGAAACUGCAUCUCAUUCAUUUUUGAAAAUAAAUUUUUGGAGACUGAAAAGACCUUGCCUGCAGCUCUGAGAGCCCUGAAAGGAAAGGCAGCCCGGCACUGCCUGACACAGGAAUUAGGCCUGCAUGUUAAACAAAAUCGAGCGAUACUGGACCAUCAGCAGUUUGACUACAUAGUACGAAUGAUGAACUGUGCUUUGCAGGAUUGCUCAUCAUCAGAAGAAUAUAGCGUUGCUGCAGCCUUGCUACCCCUGACAACUGCUUUCUAUAGGAAAUUAGCACCUGGAGUUAGUCAGUUUGCUUACACAUGUGUACAGGACCAUCCGAUCUGGACUAACCAGCAGUUUUGGGAAACCACCUUUUAUAGCAAUGUGCAAAAUCAAGUUCGUUCCCUCUACCUUACAGCCAAAGAAGACAACCAUGCCGUACAACCUAGACAAAAGGAGAAAAAUUCCGUAGGUCCAGACCACGAUAAGACAGCAAUGGAUCUGGCUGCGGAGCAGUUGCGACUGUGGCCAACUCUUAAUAAACAAACUCAACAGGAGCUAGUCCAGAAUGAGGAAAGUACAGUUUUCAGUCAGGCAAUUCAUUUUGCUAACCUCAUGGUCUACUUGCUAGUGCCACUAGAUACAAGUAAGAACAAGUUAUUGAGAGCAUCAGCUACUGGUGACUGGGAGAGUGGAAGCAACAGUAUUGUCACAAACAGUAUUGCAGGCAGUGUUGCAGAGAGUUAUGACACUGAAAGUGGGUUUGAGGACUCUGAGAACAAUGACGUUGCAAAUGCAGUUGUACGCUUCAUCACCAGAUUUAUUGACAAGGUUUGCACAGAGAGCGGAGUUACACAGGAUCACAUCAAAGGUCUUCAUUGCAUGAUACCAGGCAUUGUAGCAAUGCACAUAGAGACUUUGGAGGCUGUCCAUCGUGAGAGUAGAAGGCUUCCACCAAUACAGAAGCCCAAAAUUCUACGACCAACUUUACUGCCAGGAGAAGAAUUUGUUUGUGAAGGUCUCCGUGUGCUACUGGAUCCUGAUGGCAGAGAAGAAGCUACAGGAGGAUUGCUUGGAGGUCCUCACAUCCUCCCUGCUGAAGGAGCUUUGUUCCUUACUACCUACAGAAUUAUAUUUAAAGGCACUCCUCAUGAUCAGCUGGUGGGAGAGCAGACGGUGAUCCGGAGCUUUCCUAUUGCAUCUGUUACAAAGGAGAAGAAAAUCACUAUACAAAACCAGCUGCAGCAAAGUAUGCAGGAAGGCUUGCAGAUCACUUCAGCUACCUUUCAGUUAAUUAAAGUAGCAUUUGAUGAAGAAGUAAGUCCUGAAGUGGUGGAAAUAUUUAAGAAACAGCUAAUGAAGUUCCGUUAUCCUCAGUCUAUCUUCAGCACUUUUGCAUUUGCAGCUGGACAAACAGCACCACAGAUAAUUUUACCAAAGCAAAAAGAAAAGAACACUUCAUUCCGUACCUUCUCAAAAAGCAUUGUGAAAGGAGCAAAACGUGCUGGGAAGAUGACAAUUGGUCGCCAGUAUUUGUUAAAGAAGAAGACGGGCACAAUAAUGGAAGAAAGAGGGAAUCGUCCAGGGUGGAAUGAAGAUGAUGAUGUCUCUGGUAAUAGUAAAACAAUUUCCAUUUUUGUUGAUAUGUCUAUCCUGUCACGCUUCAAUUUCAAUAUGUUAGUUUCAGAUGACAGUGAGCUGCACACAAGUGGUACCCUAAAAGCAUCGGAGAAGUCAACAAUGGAGCAGUUGGUAGAAAGAGCCUGUUUCAGAGACUAUCAACGUUUGGGACUAGGGACCAUCAGUAGUAAUACUUCUCGCUCAAAAAUGGAAUACUUGAGAAUAACUGCACUGAACAGAAUGUAUUCACUUUGCAGAAGUUACCCUGGGCUUCUGGUAGUACCUCAGUCUGUUCAAGACAGCAGUUUGCAGAGAGUUGCUCGCUGUUACCGUCACAAUCGCCUACCAGUGGUGUGUUGGAAAAACACCAAAAACAGUUCUCUUCUACUUAGAUCUGGGGGCUUUCAUGGCAAAGGUGUUGUUGGCCUCUUCAAAUCCCAAAACACACAUACUACAGCUCCUGCUUCAUUAGAAUCUUCAAGCAGUAUAGAACAGGAAAAAUACCUUCAAGCCUUACUGAAUGUGAUAUCCGUCCACUGCAAAAUGAAUAGCAGUAAUACUCUCACUGUUAGACCAACAAUUGCUCUGUCACCAGGCACUGAAAGGAGGGCUUCAAGAAUGUCUACUGUGUUUAAGCAGGUAGUGCCAGGACAUUUGGAUGUAAAUCUAUCCAAUAGCUUUGCUCGAGGAGUGCUUGGGUACAGAGAUAAAUGUUUCACUCAUUCCAAUCCCAAAUCAGCAACUAAGGGAAGAGUCCAUCAAGGUGUAUGGGCCAGUCUUCGUUCAAGCAACCGAUUUAUCAACGCUCAGACUCCAUUCAUUGAUGUUGGUGCAAGACUUGCAGGGAAAGAUAAUGCCACUUCCUACAGUAGCACUUUUUUGCAAAGUCAGCUUUUGAGACGUCAAGCAGCCCUGUAUAUAUUUGGAGAAAAAUCUCAGUUACGGGGCUUCAAACUUGAUUUUGCUUUGAAUUGUGAAUUUGUUCCUGUUGAAUUCAGUGAUAUCCGACAGACAAAGGCAAGCUUUAAAAAGCUGUUGAGAGCUUGUGUUCCCAGCACUAUUCCUACAGAUUCUGAGGCAACAUUCCUGAAAGCUCUUGGGGAGUCAGAAUGGUUCCCACAGCUUCACAGGAUAAUGCAGUUGGGUGUCAUCAUCUCAGAGCUCCUAGAAAAUGGUUCUUCUGUUAUGGUCUGUUUGGAAGAUGGCUGGGAUAUUACUGCACAAGUAGUAUCUCUGGUACAGUUACUCAGCGAUCCCUUCUAUAGAACACUUGAAGGCUUCCGAAUGCUGGUGGAAAAAGAAUGGCUCUCUUUUGGUCAUAAAUUCAGUCAAAGAAGUAAUUUGUCUCUAAAUUGUCAGGGUAGUGGAUUUGCACCUAUUUUCUUGCAGUUCUUGGACUGUGUGCAUCAGAUUCAUAACCAAUAUCCAACAGAGUUUGAGUUCAAUCAGUAUUAUCUGAAGUUCCUAGCUUUUCAUCACAUAUCAAAUCGAUUUAAAACAUUUCUUCUGGAUUCAGACUAUGAAAGACUAGAACAUGGGACACUUUUUGAAGAUAAAGGAGAUAAACACACCAAAAAAGGAAUUUGUAUUUGGGAUUGUAUUGAAAAGAUGCACAAGAGGAGUCCUAUUUUCUUCAAUUACCUCUAUGCUCCCACUGAAAUAGAGGCCCUGAAACCAAAUGUAAGCAUGUCCAGCCUCAAAAAGUGGGAUUACUAUGUAGAAGAGAUUUUGGCUACAGGUCCUUCCUAUGACUGGAAUAUGGUGGCUGCAAAAUGCAGUGCUUUAGAGGAAGCUGACCAAACAGAUGGUUCAGUCUCUCAGAAAAAGAGGAAAAUAGUGUGGCCAUGUUACGAUGAUGUUAAGAAAAUACAACCUGAUGCCAUCAGCAGCCUUUUAAAUGAAAUUGAAAGGUUGGAAAGUAAAUUAAAUCAGAGCCCAGAAAGAUGGCAGCUUUUGUGGGAAAGGGUCAAAAUGAAUCUAAAGGAUGACACUAGACAAGACAAUCUUCAGAGACAUCCUUCUGGCUCCUCAGGGAUGAUGUCAGCUAAUCUACAUUCCUAUCAAAAGAGAUCUUUGUUGGAAAUGCCUGACAAUGGGCUGGGUGAGGAACAGAGUGCAAGCAUCUCUCCCUCCAAUGGAGUAGAUAGGAGAGCAACUACGCUAUACAAUCAUUUCACUUCAAAGAAUGAUGAAAAUAGAUCUUUUGAAGGUACGCUGUACAAAAGAGGAGCUUUGCUGAAAGGCUGGAAGCCCCGCUGGUUUGUGCUGGAUGUGACCAAACACCAGUUACGAUACUAUGACUCUGGUGAAGAUACAAGCUGUAAGGGUCACAUAGACCUCGCAGAAGUAGAAACAGUGAUUCCUGCUUCUCCAACUAUUGGAGCCCCAAAACAUGCAAGUGAAAAAGCAUUUUUUGAUUUGAAGACAAACAAACGUGUGUAUAAUUUUUGUGCCCAAGAUGCACAGAGUGCUCAACAAUGGAUGGACAGAAUCCAGAGCUGCAUUUCAGAUGCUUAGAAAGGAAUAACAUUCCAUUAUCAAGAUAUGUUUAAAGCAACUCUUUUUGUAAGAUGUGUUCUGAAAUGUUGCUGACAACCAGCCUUCCUUACAUUUCAGCUAUAGACAUUGAUAAUAUGCUGAAGUUUCUUUUCUGUUUAAUAAUUAUAACCACUGUAACCGUUUGGUUUUUUUUUCCUGCAGGGAGGACUUUGAAAAAUAAUAAUUCAUUUAUCCUGAAUUUCCACUUUCUUCAGUACAAUUCCUAGCUAGAAAAGUGAGCCGUAUUUGCACUAUUUUCUAAUCCUCAUUUUCUCAUUUCAGAGUUGCUCUGAUAAGGAAAGCUGUCCAAAGUAGCUUGUAAAAAUCUCUACAGCAGAAAGUCUAUUUUCUCCUUAUUUAUAUUUUUAAACAGAAAUUCUUAUUUCCAAGGUAGUCAUUGUUAAGAGGAAACAUGUCUACAAUUCUUAAAAAAAAGAAAGAAACAAAGCUUGUGAGUCCAGUGACAUAUAUAUCAGAUUGGUGAUAUUAAAACUGUUGAUAUUUUUUUAAGACCAAAAAAAUGAAAUUGCCAUUCUGAAAUUAACAGAUUUUCAAGUGUCUUCUCAGCAUGCAGGCCAGUCUUUAAUCUCGUGCUCUACAGAGUGCUUCAGCGAUGUUGUUAUGGAAUUUCAAGUUCCAGGGGUUAUCUGAAGAUCAUAGCACUUUCUUUUUAGAUUCUGUUUGCUAUUAUGAUGGGAUAUGUGAAAGAAAUCUGGCUGACACUAUCGUAGAGAUGCAGGAAAAAACAAACUAGGAAUUUGGUAGAAGGAAGAUCUCUUAAGUGUGAGUUGUAUAUGUUAAUUUAUAUGCUGUUCUGCUCACUGUAAAAUAAAAAAUAACAAACGUGAUGAUAAUGCACUAAACAGUGGAGCAAGCACUUGCACUGAAAUCUUUAAAAUGCUCACAUUUUGAAUGACAGGUAAGUUAUUUAUAGCAGAACAAUACUAGCUAGUUAACAUUUACAGAUAUUAAAUAUGUAAAUAAUCUGGGUUGAUGUGUUGUGAUUUGAUACUUUUUAAACAUUUUUGCACAUAAAUUGGAAGAUUGUUUAUAGAUUUUUACAUUUGAUAAAAUUGUGUUUGUUCAACUUAAAAUCUUGGGAGAAAUGUGUUUAAUAACCCCAAAUUAUUAAAAGUUUUACAGUCUACAAAUAGUGAUGACAUUGAGUAGAAUCUGUAGGUAACUAAGCCAUUGUUUUUAUUUUGAUAUGUUAAUAUGUUAAAUAGCACACUAAUAUUACAAAAAAAUGUAUAUAUGAUUCAGUAUUUUCUCAUUUUUUUUCCAGACAUUCUGCUUAUAACUUAAUGUCAGCCUAAUCAAACUGACUAUACUUAUUACAGUUUUUCAGUUAUUAAUGUUUUUUGUUUGUUUUUUAUAACUAAUGUAUUUUGUCAGAAAGGAAUAUGAACUUCUCACUUCACAUACACAAUAGGUAAUGCAGCUGUUUUCAAUGCAUUUACAAUUUCAAAACAAAGAAAAUGAAGGAUUUUUCUAGCAUUUUUCAACUGACAAAUUUCCACCUGUGACAAUGGUGUUUGCACAUUUGUAUGUUUCUUUGUAUAUGAAGUACUUUUAUAUGUACUUUGUAAAAUACUGAUCCUGCUACUAGGUUAUAUGAAAAUUUACAUACCACUUCUUAUUUUGUAACUGGUUCAUUUUAACUCUUGUAUGUUCUGUGAUAUAAUCAUCUUGUAAUAAACACACUUCUUAAGAAAAACCCUUCCUUUUACUGUAAAAAGAGAAAUCAGCAAGACCCACAUGUUGAAAUACUUCCACAGGCACAAGACAAAUCCUUAUUUACUCUGUAUUAAGAAUUGUAUGGUCUUUUGUAUACUUGUACAUAUUCUUACACAAGAGUUGCACUUCAGCAUCCUUAACUCAAACACUUGUCAACAGUAACAUUAAAGACUAAAGAAAUCAGAAUUUAAAGCAAGAUUAUCAUUCUAACAAGUCUCAAUGUAUGGCCUUUAUGAAAAGACUAAAUAUGUAACAUCUCUACUAAGCUGUUGAAUAAUUAUGUUAAAUAUUAGAAAAAAAAAGGGGGGAAAAAGAUUUUUCCCAUAUGCUCUCACAACAUAAAUCAGCCAUGUGCUUUCACCAUGAAACAUAUCUCGAUCAUUUAUGUCACCUUAUUGAUAAGCAAUCUAGUAUGAAAUAAUUAAAAUAGAAGAAAUGACAAGAUCUUAUUGGAGAAUAGCAUCUAAAUUGAAUUCCUGAGUGUGGUGUGGGUUAGCAGAGUUAAAAUGGAAAGGGAAUGUGUGAUGGAGGUAGGGGACUUGUGACAAUUCUUAAAUGCUGUGGUGCUUAGAGUUUGCAUAUUGAGCUUGGCAUGAAUGCUAAUGUUGCCUUAAAUGUUGAUCUCAAUUUUUAGUGUAUUGAUGGAAAAUGGACUUGAGCAACUUAACUUAAAAAUAUCCAAAUAAAAGCUGAAAUGAGA